GGGGGUUGGAAAAACUUAAACGCAGAGCAUACCUCCAUGCACAGCUGCCGUUGUAUUUCAUGAUUAUGCAGGCGGGUACACCACAGUUGUUUCAGGUGGUCGGCGCGUAGGCGCGAAGUGACCUUGUUGACUUGUUCGUCUACUGUCCAUGCCGCCUUUGGAGAUUGUCUCAAGCCUUCCAUAUAAUCAUGAUGCCGACACCAGAAUCUUCAUUGAAGGUCCUGGAGAGAAAGCUCGACAAUUCACAAAUGGGCUGCUCUGCUUUAGGUUGCAGCCAGGACACUCUCUGCUACACCACCAGGCUACAGGCUUUGGAAACGUUGGACAGUGUGUGGCGCAGGGUGAUUGUGUCUACCCACGGAUUCCGCGAGGGCCUCUGUUCAGGUUUACCACCGGCAUCUGAUUAAUGCAGUGGAACUAUAAGAGAGGACACGGGACACGAGUUGAGGUCAUGUUCGGGUGUACAACCAAAGCAAAUUUCAUGUGGUGGUUGUCAUGAGAGCCAUACGUGCACACAAAGCACACGCAUGACAGCACAACUAGAUCACCUCUCUCGCCGCCGUCACACAAAUCCCUAUCCUCCCCUUAUAAGGUAGACAGGCAAUAGGCAUCAGUAAACGGAGUCAUCGAUCUUGCACCACAGUGGUUCUAUGGAAACCCGUACUGUACCUUCACGGGGCGAAGCGUAUCUGCUCCUCGGCUUGAUCGCACAAUCUCUUUUCUCAGCUGCUGUAUCCUGCCGUUGGGAAUGCGGCGACCUGCAUCGCUGUGUUCGGGAUAUAAGUGGUGGCUGGACGUGUGCUGGUGGCGGUAUUGCACUUUGCGGGCUCAUAUGUAGGACAUACCUUAGGUAGCGUAUAAUUAUUGCGACUAUUGUACAUACCGGGCAUUUAGCGCCUUCCGCACGCGCGAGGACCAUUUUGUAGGGAGGGCUAAGGAGACUAGUAACGCGAAGUUUGGACCAAACUCCUUGUCCUGCGAGGAAAGAGAUCGCGACUGUCCUUUUUUUGCGUCUCGUUUUUCGACGCGUUCGCGAGAUGGAGCGAGUGCAUCUCCCUUUAAGUGCCGCUUAGCACCGCGACCAACGCAUGUAUCCAUCUGCAUGUCCAACGGCUACGGUUACCAACAUGAGUUUCCCAGCUUUUCAUCGAAGACAAUGCCCGUUCAUUGUCAUGGCCAGAUGUUCGUGGCCAUACGGUCGCGGUCUCCCUACACAUCAACUUGCGACCACACAUACUACUCCGUCCAACUGUUCUCUACUUCCUAUCUAGUGUUUGCUACCCAGUAUGAGCACCCACGCUCUUCCGAGACACAAGUCUCGAGAGACCAGACUGCGAGAACCAGCUCCAAACACAUAGCCCUACUAACCUCACCCAACACGGUGCAAUGAUGAAGCGCUGAAGACUAUUCAAUACUUAACGCGCCCCGUGCCUGCCGAUCACGGUAUGUCUCAUUCUGGACUAGGCCAAGCAAGGGGUACGAGGUACCCUUCUCCAUACCGGAAAAAAGAUGAGGUUUGCUUCAGCUCUCGUCGUCCUUGCAUAUGCAUUCCACACCCAGGCAUGGCGCUUCGAUAUCCAGGGCAUGUUUGAGAGUGGGCCGUUAACCUUUCUACGACGCCCGAGCCAGGACAAUCAUGCCGCAGCAGAAGAAGUUGAGCCUAAGACCUUACUGAGACACAAUGAGUUUCGGGACGGACAAAUACAACUCUCAAACUUACCCUGCGUCUUAGAUGACAUUCAAACUAUUGGUGCUUGCCUAUGUGCUGAAGCCCGAGAUCUCGAAGGAAUCAGAUUCACGCGUCGAGAUACAGCGCUUUGCACUUCCCUUUUACAGCUCGAACCUGAACUAUGGAGGCAAAGGUGUGACGUCUUCACGGACUCAAACGGAAACGUGCAACGGUUCCGCCUGGUACAUGUCGUAUUCAAAACUCUCGCAGAGUGCAAGCCUGAGAGAGUGGAGAAAGAAACAAGAAUUGCGAGGAGAAGAUUAGCGACUUCCGAUUGCACCGGAGAGGAGUGCAAUAAGAGUACAACGGAUGAGGUAAGGGCAAAUGCGAUGCAGCCGCAGGUGAGAAUAUCCGGUCUCCGAAUGUACAUUGAGGGGCUGAAUGGAAUAGGAGAUGACUUGACAUCCGGGACAGCGGAGGAAUUGACGUCCUCUAUGGCGUACGUGGAACGCAGGGUACGACAAAGCAAACGGUUUCAACCAAACAAACAGGGUAACAUUACCGCGUCUUUAGAAGUGCUUCUAAAAAUUGGGAAAAAGAUAAGUAGUGUUUUAGUUCCACUUCCGCCAGCCUUAAUAGCAAAGCUUAGGGGACGGAAGUACAGGGUCGAAUGCAAAUGGAAAAAUGGAAAGUUGUCGAGGGUGACUGUAACUAGAAAGAAGGUGGAGCUAAUGAUGAACAAUUGGGUAGAAGUGGAGUUGCCACUACGAACUGUGAAAGAUGAGUCAUACCUGGAUGGUACUGAUCGUCAGAGAGGACGGGUAAAAGAACCGGAUACAGUGGGUGUCACGAAGUGUCGAGUGAGGAGAGCAGCUGACAGGGAACUAACGGUCACUUGCGAAUGCAGGAGAUUGAGCAGAAGGGACAGAAGGGACCCCAGAAACGGAAACCCCGCUGAGGAAACAAGGUAA